AUGCUUCCUAUGAAUAGCACAAACUCCUUCUCCACCUUCCAGGUGACAGGCAUUCCUGGGCUGGAGGCUGUGCACAUCUGGAUCUCCAUACCCUUCUGUGCCAUGUUCUUCAUUACCUUGGUGGGUAACCUGACCAUCAUGACAGUUAUCUGGAAGGAGCAGACCCUCCAUGCACCCAUGUACCUCUUCCUGGCCAUGCUAGCCGCCUCUGACCUGGGGCUGUCCCUCUUCACUUUCCCCACAAUACUGAUGAUUUUCUGCGUGGAUGCUUGAGAGCUGACCUCUUCUGCUUGUUUCACCCAAAUGUUCUUUAUUCACACCUUCCAGAAUUUUGAGUCUGCUGUUAUUCUGACCAUGGCCUUUGACCGCUAUGUGGCCAUUUCUCGUCCAUUGCACUAUUCAUCCAUCCUCACCAAUAGCGUGAUUUCCAAGAUAGGCUUGGCUAUUUUUGUGAGAACCUUGGCAGUGGAGGUGCCUCUUCCUAUCCUCUUGAGGAGGCUGUGCUUCUGUCGCUCCAACGUACUUUCUCACUCCUACUGCCUGCAUCCUGACAUUAUAAAGCUCUCCUGCUCCAACACUAGGAUCAAUAGCAGUUUAGGGUUAUUUGUGGCACUGUCUACUAUGGGACUUGACUUUUUGCUCAUUCUCUUUUCUUAUGUGCUGAUUCUGAAAACUGUACUGAGCAUUGCUUCCCAUGGUGGCCGUCUCAAGGCCCUCAACACUUGUGUCUCCCACAUCUCUGCUGUGAUUAUCUUCUUCACACCCAUGAUCUGUCUGUCAAUGCUGCACCGCUUUGGCUCAAGACUUCCCUCACAUGUCUACGUGACCCUAGCCAACAUGCACUUCCUCAUUCCUCCCGUGAUGAACCCCAUUGUCUAUGUUGUAAAAACCAAGCAAAUGCGGGAUAAAAUAUUUAAGUUUUUCAUCAAAAGAGGACCUGGAGAAUUGAGGUGA